UUCAUUCUUGCCUUCUGCUGAGAAGCAGAUAAGUAUCUCCGUUCUCUACUCGCUCGCUGGCUGGAUUCCCACGAGUAGCAGCAGCGUAGGAAUUUGGUGGUCAUGCAGGUUACGCUGCUGAUUUGUGCCUUGAGCGAGGCAUUUUGGAUGUGGGUUUUCGUAGAAUCCCCCUGGCACGACUGCAGGUGCGGCGGAGGCUUGGAUUGAGUUCGUAGCUGUCCCCAGAACCCACCUGCAGGUUUUGUGUUAAGGAAGCCCGACUGUUGUUGUCCGAUACUACUCACGGGAGGCUGCUCUGAGAGCUCUCGUGGACCAAUUUAGUCGCGCCGUUGUUGUAGCUUCGAGAGGAUUAAUCGUCAUGGCUUCGUCUUUGUGCUCGAAGUCAGUUUCGGGGUUUUUGAACUCGACCACUUCCACUCUGCUGCCGAAUUCUGGGAACUUGACUCUGCAGAAAGCUUGUCACGGGUUGCAGCUUCAGACUCGGGUGGGAGUGUACGAGACGCAACGACACUCUCCUGGGAAGACGUGUCUUAAAUGCACCGCCGGUUUGCAUAUGCAGGACGGGUCCUCAUUGCCAAAGAAUCCUCGUAGACGCCCUCCUAGUGAGGAUGUUCGGAGAAAGGAUACCGAGCCAAAGCUUCAUCGUGGUUGGUAUCCGGGUCAGAGAACGCAGCCUCCACCUGAAGGCAAUACUCCCGCAGAGAAAGAUAGCGAAGCGACUGAGCUUCCUUUCCUUCGAAAGCUUAUAUCAAAUGACGAGACGCCUACAAGAACUCAACAUUACAGACGGCCAAAGAGCAGUCAACCUAGUGCAGGCCAAAGGAGGGAAUUUUUGUUUGAUGCGGAGGAUAACGACGAAUUUCUCAGUGAUGGGGAAGAAGAUAGUGAUGAUGAGGAGGACGGACACUUUGAAGAUGUGGAGGACAGACACUUUGAAGAUGUAGAAGUCGACCAAUUCGUAGCCGAACGUAGGGCUGCUCAUUAUUUAGGCAACCCAGACACAGAUCUAAAUUGUAAACACUUCUCCAGGUGCUCUGGCUGUGUAAUAGAUGUGUCUCUAGACCAGCCUCCUGUAAUGAACGAAGCAAGAGCAUAUUUUGCUGGCCGUGGUGUACCAAGCUUUUCCCUUGCAUCAGGAUCUCUGGUUGAGUGGAGGUGUCGAGCUAAAUUGGCAGUGCGUGGCACUGCAGAAAAUCCUCAAAUAGGACUUUUUGAAGAAGGAACUCAUUCAAUUGUUGACAUUCCGUCCUGUCGCACCCAUCAUCCUAGCAUUAAUGAUGCUGUGAAGCUUGUGAAACAAGCAAUACGGGAUCUUGGAGUUCAACCAUAUGACGAAAAUAGGCACACUGGUGAACUCCGCUAUGUCCAGAUGGUGGUAACAACCUUGAACACCUCUAUACCUGUGGAAGAGCGAUAUGCUCGAGGUAAAGUGCAAAUAUCUCUGGUCUGGAAUGCAAGAGAUAGUGACUCUGUCCAAGAUGACAAAUUGCGCAAAAUGGCUGAGAUGAUAUGGAGGAGGGGUAACUCGAAGGCAGACCUUCCCAUCGUACACUCAGUGUGGGCCAACUUUCAGACCUCACGCACCAAUGUAAUUCUUGGUGGACGUUGGAGACAUUUAAUGGGAGAGUCCGAACUCUGGGAGCGUGUUGGAGGUGUCGAUAUCGCUUUUACACCAGCUAGCUUCGGCCAAGCCAAUACUCAGGCAUUUGAAGCGUUGCUGAGGAGGAUGCAGAAGGUAGUUAAAGUAGGAAGUAGGGUGGUGGAGCUUUAUGCAGGCGUUGGCGCCAUUGGUCUAAGCUUGGCUGCUACUCGAAAAUGCAGGGUUGUAAAAUGUGUGGAAGUGAACAAAGAAGCUAAGCCGGUUUUUGAGAGAUCUUUGACUCGACUUCCCCCCUCUGUUAAUGCCGAAAUCAGUUGGCAUUGUGCUGAUGUCUCUGUGUCACCCAUUAACUGGUUAGAGGGUUCAGACGUCGUAAUCGUGGAUCCACCUAGAAAAGGUCUUGAUCUACCCGUUGUAGAAGCCUUGCGACUCGCUGCAUUUCGAGGACUUGGCAAGAAGAAAGCACCCUCUUCAAAAACUACUGAAAAGGUUGAAAAGCGGCCUUGGAUAGUUCGAGCAAAGCAAAGUGGUGUACAUAAGGAAGGUACAUUAGACUGGGAAGAGGACGACGGUGUGUGGCCUGGCACACUCAUUUAUGUCAGCUGCGGAUGGCAAGCGUUUAAGCUGGAUCAUGAUGCUCUUGUCGAAGGAAACGCGUGGCACCUAGACACAGCGCAUGCGUUUAAUUUCUUCCCGGGAACAAACAGCAUUGAAAUACUGGCGGUUUUCAAGCGUGGGAAGAAGCUGCCCAAGAAGCCCGUCAAAGUGAAGAAAGGGUCAGGAGUGCGGUCAAGUUCAGCAAAGAGUUUGAGGUUUACCAAGGCAGGCACAAGAUUAGCCCAUCUUAACGAGAAACUAGGGAAUCCUUAAGUAGUUUAUAAAUUGGAAAUUUGAGGGCAAUUAAAAACGAUGCAAUAUAGGAUUUACUUCCAUUUCCUGAAUCUCGUUCAUGGUUCUGCAGUUCCAGGAUUUGGAUUCGAGAUGGGUUGUAAAUUGCCUUCUCCUGUAACGUUUUAGUAUUCACAUCAGAAUUUUCUCUUUGUCCACGCUAUAUUUAUUUUUUCUAGAGGUUAAACGCAGGAUUUAGAAAUGAAAAUUUUAGCAUAUUUUGCUAGUUUCAUCACCAAGGUGCUAAAAAAAUCUAGCUUUGAAUUCUUAAUGUGACUAUUUGACAUGAUCCUACCACUGGCAUCAAGACGUGUGUCACUUGUAUA